CAAUUUUUGCACUACUAGAUGGCAUCAUUCUUGAUUGUUUUUCAUUUGAUUUUGUUGAUUUCAUCAUUUUUCAUCGAUCCUGACCACGAUGAUGAUGAUCACCAUGAUUACCGGAUUAAUAUUAUUCUGGAAUCUAUUAUCGAUUGGAAUUAUCAUCACCGGUACGAUAACACUUUGUGAUUUGGAAAAAAUUCCCGAAUUUAUACGAUCAUUAAUUUUUUAUGGAAAAUUUAAAUCAUUAAAAUUAAAACAAUCGAAUGAAAAACGAUGGUCACCGAAAUCAUAUUAUCAACGUUUACUAUCGAUAAUCGAUACAAUCGUUCGAAUGUUAGAAGUACCGAAAUAUUGGUUUCGUCAUUUUUAUAUCCUAUCAUUUUGUUUGAAUUCCAUAUUACUAAUUCGAAUGUUUUAUCUGACAAAAUUUGAAUUGAAAUUCCUUAUUGGUUUACAAUGGUUGCAAAGUCUUCGAAGAUUAUAUGAAACAUUCUAUGUUUCGAAAUUUUCCGAAAAUACUAUAAAUUUUGUUCAUUAUUUUGUCGGGAUAUUAUUCUAUUUGACAAUCGGUUUGGCUACCUACAAUAAUGAUGAUGAUUUUGAACGUCAUAAUUCCACAGAUUUAUCAUCAUCAAUGAUGAUUGUAAUCAUUUUUAUUGCCAGUUCAAUUGUUCAAUAUCAAUCGCAUCAGAUUUUGGCCAAUCUUCGUAAUAACAAAUCAAACACUAAAAAUGAUUAUUUCAUUCCACAAGGUGGCCUAUUUGAUUAUAUUUCUUGUCCACAUUAUUUAUCCGAAAUUAUUAUCUAUGUUUGUCUGUGGUUACUUUCAAAUCGCAGUAAUUUAUGGUCAACAAUGUUAAUGUUUGUUAUUGUUAAUCAAACAAUUGCUGCACAAAUAUCAAAUCGAUGGUAUAGAAAACGUUUUGGUGAUCGUUAUCCAAAAACCAUCAAAGCAUUGAUACCGUUCAUGUUUUAAUUAAUCAAUCAAUCAACAAGUUUGGCAAUUUUCUAAUUUUUUUAUUUAUUUAAUUUUCGCGAAGUAAAAAAAGAAAAGAAACUUUUCUGGAAAAAUUC